CCCACGCGACAAACGCAACGCCCCAUUCCCCACGCAAGCCGCGGAAGGCCUAAACCAAGUUCGGGGCAAUCGGUGCGCCCGUUUACGGAAGCAGAGCCCAGACGCACAUCGGACUGCGCCUGCGCACUGACGUAUUCCCAAAAGACCAGUGACCGGAGGGGUGGGUCGCUGGUAGUUGGGCCUGGUUUCCGGUUCCUGUGGGCGUCUGCCUGUCGGCUCUUGUGCUACGUGUCUCUGGCUGGUGAGCAGACGCGGAGCAGAUAUCAUGGAUCAGGUAAUGCAGUUCGUUGAGCCAAGUCGGCAGUUUGUGAAAGACUCAAUUCGCCUGGUUAAAAGAUGCACCAAACCUGAUAGAAAAGAAUUCCAGAAGAUUGCCAUGGCAACAGCAAUAGGAUUCGCUAUAAUGGGAUUCAUUGGCUUUUUUGUGAAAUUGAUCCAUAUUCCUAUUAAUAACAUCAUUGUUGGUGGCUGAAUAGCUUUUUAGAAAAGUAGUUUUCAUCUUGGGGAUUGGUGAACAAGUGAGGAUUUGAGAAGCUGAUGGAGCAGAAAUUUGUCUGUGUGUUUUAUCUUUUUCUUUCAUUUUUUUCUUCCAAGAUGUUUUCUAUUUGUAAAUUAAAAUAAUUUUAAAAUA